AUGUCCAAGUCUGUUUGCAUCGUCGGCGCCGGGCCUUCGGGUCUUGUUGCGGCCAAGACGCUCCUCCACAACGCACCCAAAGGGCACUUCAAAGUCAGCAUCUUCGACAGCCAGGCGGCCAUCGGAGGGCUCUGGCCGACCUCCAAGACCGACUCGGGGCGUCUCGUGCAUCCGUUGAUGGUUGCGAACCAGAGCAGGCACACGGUUCAGUUCAGCGACUUGGCCUGGGAGGACGAUGCGCCGCAGUUUCCGCGUGCGUGGCAGGUUGGCCAGUAUCUGGAGCGGUAUCACAGCAGAUAUCUCGAUGGCCAUCCUGAUUUUGAACUCCAGCUGAAGAGUCGAGUGGCCAGAGCUGAGAAGAGGAGGGAUGGCACGGAAGGCUGGAGGGUCCGCAUUGAUAAGGGAGAGGGCGAGGAGACGCGGGAUUUUGACUACUUGGUCGUUGCCUCGGGGUACUUUGGCAAGCCAAUCAUUCCCGAAUGCUUCAAGAAGGCCAAGACUUCGGUCCCCAUCAUCCACAGCAGCCAAUACCGAGACCUGAAGGGGCUCUUGGGAGAGGGCAAGCCAACGGGAGGCAAGAUUCUCAUCGUGGGAGGCCAAAUGUCGGGCGUGGAGAUUGCGGGCACAAUUGCAAGCCAUCUCUCGUCUGCCAUCAACUCUCCAGAAGAGUCGAGAAUUGCAGCAAUCGACAAGUACUCGAUAUACAAUGCGAUCCAGCGGCCGAUAUGGGUGUUUCCCCUCUUCACUACUCCAGAGCCCACAUUCGCAGCAGCUCCCUUUGCUCCCUUGGACUUGGGCUCCUACAACAUCAACAAUCGACCACGGCCUUUGGAGAACACGCAGGGCCAUAUCAGCGAAGAACACGCCAACAUGGUGCACACCAUUUUUGAAUCAUCACUUGGUGAUCAGGAGCAGUUCUCUCCACUACUGAUGCCGAACGAACAGGAGCGAAAUCAGCCAGCGUAUCUUGCCGUCAGCGAUUGGUACAUGGACUUUGUGAGAUCCGGCAUGAUCACCUUGUCCUCGGGCAAAGUCGUCUCUCUGGAGGAUGGCCUCGCCACGUUAGAUGACCAUGGCGCGCAGAUUGACGACAUCGCCGCCGUGGUGCUCGCUACUGGCUACGAUCCGUCGCCCUGUGUCGAUUACCUGCCAAAGGAGGUCCUCGCUACGCUGCAGCACUCUCCAAGGCAUUGCAACCAAGCGCUCGCCUUGGCCUUCCACGGCACCCAUCAUCCCGAAAUCCCGAAUCUCGGCUUUGUAGGCUUCUACCGGUCGCCGUACUGGGGAGUCAUGCAGAUGCACGCACGGUUUCUUACCGAUCUGUGGACUGGUCCAACCGGCGAGAAGCUCGAGGCCCUGCAACGGAAACUUGAAGCGGAUGAGUCCAUCAGCCGAACGAUCAGACUGCGAGACGACCCUAGGCUUUCACAGUUCCCCAUGGGCGACUACAUGUAUUUGAUGCAGGAAUUCUCCGAAGCGCUGUCCAUACCGAUGCACGACUCCAUCAUGCCAAAGACGCCGACAACCUCUAGCAAUAACCUCCCCCUCGAUCCGCUUACGCCCUCUCGAUAUCCGUCUCCCAGCGAUAGCCCCGAAGCCAGAGCCGAAGCCGAGAAAUCGCUGAAGCAGGUACGCGAUCUUACUGUCGAGUGCCUCACGACGCCCCGAUUUGUCGCACGAGGCGUUUUCAGAAGCCUCCUCGGAACUUGGCGGCUCGAGCGAGACCUCACCAGUCGUCUUCCGUCCCAUCCCAGUGGGAAGUUUGUCGGUACCGCGCAGUUUCUGCUCCGUGAUCGAACUCCAGAAGGGCUACAAUGCGCCUCUGAUCCCAGCAGCGUCGACACUCGUGAUGAGGAUAGUGGCGGAGAGGAUCUGGAAUACUUGUACAUUGAGGAUGGCGAGUUUCAGACGACUACUGGCUUUGGCUUCAAGGCGACCCGACGGUACAUCUGGCGCUACGACUCCAAGAAGGACAUCAUCAGCGUAUGGUUCGCCAAGCCGGACGAUCAAAAGCGCGCAGAUUAUUUGUUUCACGAAAUCGAAUUUGAGGCACCGCCAUCGGAUCCCAAGCUCCGGAAGAAGCAAGGUUGGAAGGCCAAGGCAGGACAUCUUUGCAUUGACGACUACUACAACGUCAAGUACGACUUCUCCUUCAAGGCUGUCAAUCUGUCGACUUGGAGCAUAGAGUAUACCGUCAACGGACCGAAGAAGGAUUAUACCAUUCACGGCACCUAUGAGCGGAUAUGA